AUGUCGGAUUUGGUUCUCGUUGAAUUUGAGGAUCAAGAAGGGCGCAAAGUAUCGGACAGACUUCAAAUCCCAACCAAAAUACUUAGAUCACAAUUGCAGCUUCUUGCAAACACGACGCUCUCACUUUAUAUCAAUGGACAGCCUGUUCUUGAGACUCUCGAGGAGACAUUAAAAAUACAGAACAUUUCAUCAGCAGAGGAAGUUGUGAAGAUCAGAAUGAGUGAGGAAGAGCCAGCAACACAGGCAGCCUUCCACUGUUCUUCAUCCUUUAGUGGACAUGAAGGUCCUGUCUUGUGCGUAAAAAAUGGUGAUGUAAUUGUCACCGGGGGUGGAGAUUCCACCGUAAGAUUCUGGGACCCUAGAACAAAGACUCAGAGCAAAGUAGUCAAAAGACAUGGUCAUUGGACUCUGUCCCUUGACAUUUCUUCAGAUGGGAAGUAUGUUGCUAGUGGAGCACUUGAUGGAAGUGUUAAUUUAUAUUCAAUCUCUGGAGAGUAUAUUAGAAGCUUUCCUGGGCACAAGAAAGGUGUUGUAUCACUGGUAUUUCACAAAGGAAACCUGGUCACAGGGUCUAGGGAUAAUUCAGUUAUUAUGUGGAGUCUAAGCGGAGAGGUCCUCGUUUCAUAUGCACAUACGAUGGCUGUUACAUGUAUCUGCUCUGGAGAAGAUUACAUAGCAUCUGGAAGCAAGGAUGGAAGAAUCAAAGUAUAUAAGAACCUCAAGUUUUUUGACGAGCUCCGAGGGCAUUCUUCUGGAAUUAAUACAAUUGAUUGCAAUGGAAAUUAUAUGGUGUCUGGAUGUGAUGGAGGAGAUGUAAUUAUCUGGAAGGGGUUUUCUUUAUAUAAAAGAAUGAAGCACAAUGCUGAGGUUAUCUCUGUCUCCAUAUCACCCAAUAGGCUUUAUGCUGCAUCCGGGUCAUUCGACAAGACUGUAAGACUAUGGAGUAUGGAUUCUGGCCAGCAGCUCUUGAUAUUUCGCCAUGUGGAUCUUGUUUACAAGGUUAGAAUGAUGAACGACCUGAUAGUUUCGUGCUCGAAGGACAAAACCAUCAAGAUGUUCAGGGUAAGCAAGAAAAAGAUAGUGAGUGAUUUGGUUUGUGAUGACGAGGUAUACUGCUUCGACAUAAAGGGUGAUGGAGGCCUUGUGUGUGGGACAAAGAGUAGUAGAGUAUACUUCUUCAAUUGA